AUGGAAAAUGUGGAAGUUGCUACUUUUAACGAUCAAAUAGAUGAAUUAAAUGUAUUAUCUGAAGAUUUAACAUAUGCUGAGUUGUUAAUAAUAAAAAAAAUAAUGAAGCGUGUGUAUUUAUCGGGUGCUGCGAAGAAGAAGGCAAAAAAUGAAAAAAAACUUAAAGAAGAUAAAGGAAAACGUAAUUUACAUGAUUUCGGUUGGUGUACGUCAAGUAGGAACUUGGCUCAAAAUGAUAUAAACGAGCAACAAUGUGAUAUUGAUGACCCCAAAGUAUUAGAAAAUGAAAAAACCGUAAAUAUUCAUGUAGGAGAGUCCAUAAAAAGUAAAAUUGAUGAUACAGUUGUUCCAUAUCCAAAAGAAAUUAAUGAAAACGUUAUUAACACACAAAAUAAUGAGGUAGUUAAAUGUAUACCAAUGAACGAGAAUGAAAGUGUAAAGGAAUUAGAUAAAAAUGUUAUUGACAGUAAUAUAUUUUGUUCCAAAGGCAUUAUUGAAGCCAAUUAUAACAAACAAUCUGACGAAAUGUUUAAAUUAAGUAACGAUCCAGCAACUUGGAAAAAACUUAGUUUGUCAGAUCGCGACUAUUUAGCUGCAGUUGGUCCACCUACUAUGCCAUCAAAGUUUCCCCAUGAUGAACAUGAGAAUCGCUCUUUUCCGAUUUCACUUUUACAAAAAACCUUACCUAAUAAAGAAACAGUAAAACGCGACUGGCUUGUAUGGAGUACACUAAAAAAUGCUUUAUUUUGCUUUCCGUGUUGUCUUUUUUUAAGAGAUGAUGAAUUUGAGCCAUCGGGUUUAUGUAGAAAUGGUAUUGAAAAUAAUUGGAGAAAACUGUAUGACAAGAUCGAUAACCACGAAGGGAAUACGAAGCACAUAGAAAGAUAUUUAUUAUGGAAGGACUUGGUAGAAGCAAUAAAUGGUAGGAAAGGGAUCGACAAAGAUUUGCAAGUUUCUAUUAACACAGAGAAAGAAAAAUGGAGAAAACUCCUUCGGAUAGUAGUAGAUAUCACAUUGUUUUUAGCAGAAAAUAAUUUGCCAUUUAGAGGCAUACACUCAACGAUCGAUCAUGAUGACUGUGGACUUUUUAUUUCAACUGCAAAAUUAGUUAGUCAUUACAGCGAAACAAUGAAAAAUCAUUUGGACACUAUUAAGGAAUAUAAAGACAGUGACGGUACUCCAGAUGUGUCACACAAGGAACAAUUGGUAUUCGUUAUAAGAUAUGUUUUUGAAAAUGCUGGAACUUGGGAUAUACAAGAACGAUUUCUAACAAUGGUUGACUAUGAAAAAAAAACAGGAGCUGAUAUUGCAAACAAAAUAGAAGAAAUUUUAGUUGAAUGCAAUUUAGAUUUAGCACUAUGCAGGGGCCAAGGUUAUGAUAAUGCAGCAAAUAUGUCUGGCAAAUACAACGGCGUGAAAAGUAAAAUAAUAGAGAAGUAUCCUCAAGCUUUGUUUUCACCAUGUAGUGCUCACUCUUUAAAUCUAUGUGGAGUACAUGCAAUGGAAACCAGCCUAGAAGUAAAAACAUUUUUUGGAAACAUUCAAAAGCUAUACAACUUUUUUUCUUGUAGUCCAUCAAGAUGGAAGAUACUUCAAGAAACUGCUGGUCUUUCACUACAUUCAAUAUCAGCUACUAGAUGGAGUGCCAGAAUUGAUGCUGUUCGUCCAUUAUCUAAAAAUUAUUCCGGUAUUCUAAAUUCACUUGUUCGUGUUAAAAAUGAAAUUAAUCUACCUGCAGAUAAUCAUGCUGAAGCAGUUGGUCUGAUUUCAUGGUUACAUUCCUUUGAAUUUAUAUUGUUAACAACUAUCUGGUACAAGGUUCUUCAGUGUAUUGAUGAUCGAAAUAAAAUUCUUCAGAGCAAAAAAACUUCCAUAGAUGAAAGUUCAAUGCAUUUUCAACAAUUAGCUACAGAAAUUCAACAGAUAAAAGACUCUUGGAAUGAUUUAUUACUGGAGUCGAAAUCAGUAGCUUCCACUUUGAAUUUAACGACAGAAUUUAAGAUAACUUCAAGAGUUCGAAGAAAAAAACAUUUUCAUGAUGAUAUUUCAGAUGAACAGCCUUUCCAUGAUAUUGAAAACAAAUUUAAAGUUGAAGUGUUUGUAACCGCAUUAGAUAGGCUUUUAUCAGAUAUUUAUGGUAUUCAAGCAACUAUGGAGAAAAUAACAAACACAUUUUCUUCAAUAAUUAAUCCACCAGAUACAGAAGAACCAAGUGCUGAAUAUUUCAAAGCACAAGCUAAUAUAAUUUCAAGUGUAUAUCCUAAUGACGUGUGUGCUAAUGUAUUAAAAGAGGAACUACGAAUUUAUUUCAAAAUACACAAAAAAGGACUUCAAAAUAUACUACCUCAAAUAUGUAUUUGUCUUCGAAUACUUUCUACCAUUCCCACGUCUGUGUCAACGGGAGAAAGAUCUUUCAGUAAACUGAAAUUAAUAAAAAGUUAUUUACGUUCAACUACAGCAGAAAACCACUUAAAUCAUUUAAUACUUCUCUCCAUCGAACACAAGUUGGCAAAGACCCUAGAUUAUGAUGAUAUUAUUGACAGCUUUGCUGAAAAAAAAGCUAGGAAAAAGGUGUUCUGA